GACAGGACAUUUCCAGGGGAGUCAAGGGCACAGGAUGAAGCCAGACAAGGCGAGGCAGGCAUGGCAGAAUGAAUGAGCUUUCUAGGAAGGGAGGUUGGGGGCAGGUAGAGCGAGGUAAAGCAGCUGGGGUGGUGAGCCAGCGAGGCACUGGCCUCCAGAGUCCGUGGCCAUGGAGGGCCGUGCGGGCGGCGAUGGAGCAGUGAUCGGUGUCUCGGAGAGCUCGGACUGGAGACUAGGCCAGGUCUCCAGGAGAGGUGGAUGUGCCUGCCAGUCACUGAAGGCGAGGAUGACAGGUGUGGUCAACUGAUAGAAAGACAUGACAUGGUCCGGUGUGAUGGAGAGGACAGAAGGACAGUCAUCCAGCCUUCCUGAACACCCUGAACUGGCACCGUGGGACACUGCCGUAGAAACCGUCUGUUCUUUCAUGUUUCCCAAAGAGCUAACACAUCUCUGCUGCUCUCUGGAUCCUUCUCCCCCUACCUUGAACCCUCAAGAUGAAAGAAAUGGUGCUACCCAGCUCAUGUCUGGGCCUUUGAAUCCGGGGACUUCUUUAAGUCCGUCUAGUUCUGAAUCAAGAAUAUGCUGUACUCAGAACCACUACACUACCUGCCUCAGGAAUCGGCUCAAAGGUGAAGCUGAAAGAACAGACGGUGUCAACAUCUUGAAAGAGCAGACCCAUAGCACCCACCCACCCCUGAGACUCCAUCUUCAUGGCCAACUCUGCCUGACCCGGGAGACCACCACCCAUAUCAUCCUGGAGCCAAGCCUCUACCCCAGGAUGACUUCAUCAUCUCCCUCCUGUCUUUUUUUUCUUCCUCCUUUCCUGUAACUUUGUUUCUUUCCUUUUGUUCCUUCUUUGCUUGAGAGACUCAAAGCAUCCGUGACUCUGUUUCCCCACUUACCCCUUUUGAAUUUGCACUAAGUCGAUUGCACUGGUUUGGAGUCCCGGAGAUAGCUUUGAGUCUCUCCAUAUGAAUGUGUACAGUGAAUGUGUAGGCCCCUUUGGCUAUGCCGCCCCAGUGCCCGCCUGUCAUCCAUCUCUGUCUGAGGGCAACUGGGUGUGGCCGUGUGCUUGAGGCCUCGCCUUCCCCUCGCCUAGUCUGGAAGCAGUUCCAUCAUAAAGUGUUCAACAUGCCCAACUUCAUCCUUUGCCCCUCCUCACCAGGGCCUCACCAGAGGUCCUGGAUCCAUCAAUAAAUACAGUUACAGUCA